AGUGUGUCUGACGUCGCGGUCCUUCAGAGUCACGUAAUGUUGUAAGCCUUGUGACAAGUGACAAACCAGGAGGCAAUUCUGAGUCAAAGUGGCCCUCCCAAUUGACAAAGUCUCGCUUCACUUUACCAUAUGGUUCCUUGAAUGAGUCUUUAAAAAUGGACCAAUCUGUCCUUGGUUAUUCGUUAACUGCUCUGGCCAUAUCGUUACCUUGUCUCUAUCUAGCUCUCACCUUGCUUUCGCCUCCCCCAAUAAUAACCCGACCCUCAGAAAAGACAUACCGCUCACGAAAAUCCCUCAAAGACCCUCUCAGCCUUCCAUCUCUCGCCGAUGCAGCCUCCAUUGAUCUCAGCGUCAUCAUUCCCGCGUACAACGAGACAGCCCGUCUCCCGUCCAUGCUCGAAACGACACUUGAUCACCUUAACUCCACUUCCAUCCACCAGACACGUACAUACGAGCUCAUCAUCAUCGACGACGGUUCAAAAGAUGACACGUCCGCACUUGCGCUAAAACUGGCACAGCAAUACAUCAAUAGCGAUAUUCGGGUUGUCACCCUUCAAAAGAACCUUGGAAAAGGCGGUGCGGUACGCCAUGGGAUGCUACACGCACGCGGAAAUAGGCUGUUGAUGGUGGAUGCGGACGGUGCAAGUCGCUUUGAAGACUUAGAGCUACUGUGGAAGAAGAUGGACGAACUUGGGCCGAAGAACGAGCCGACGGUGGUCGUCGGUAGUCGAGCGCACCUCGUCAAGACCGAAGCUGUGGUCAAGCGCUCUGUGCUCCGUAACAUCCUCAUGUAUGGCUUGCACACUAUCCUACGCAUAGUGGGCGUGGAGCAUAUUCGUGACACUCAGUGCGGAUUCAAACUAUUCUCACGCCGCGCUGCACAGCAGAUUUUCCCUGCACAACAUCUUGCCACUUGGAUCUUCGACGUUGAGCUACUCCUGCUGGCGAAGCAGCUGGGUAUACCUGUUGCAGAGGUCCCCGUACAAUGGCAUGAGGUGGCGGGGAGCAAACUGAAUGUUGUCAAGGACUCGCUACAAAUGCUCAGGGACCUGCUCGUUCUCCGCGCUAACCAGCUCACCGGACGAUGGAAAGUAUCACCAUGAUGAUAUACCACGGCCAAGCCAGUCACGGAAAGCAGAUUUUGUCUAUGCGCAUGGUGAAUGUACUCUCACUAGCUCUGCAAAGACAACCUAGAAUAUAUCAUUGUACAUAGAGUAACAUCAAUUAUUAUAGAUGUAGCGUUACAU